AAACUUUUGCAUUUAACACCACCUUUGCUAUCCUUACCACUGAAGGUAAAAAAUAUAAAUUAAACUUUUCAUAAUUAUAAUUUAUAACAUAAUUUUUCAAUGUAUUUAAAGUAAACAUACAAUAUUUUAUGUGACACGGUACAAUUAAUUGUUUAAAUAAAUGUAAAUUGAUAUAACACAGAGUACAGUUCAGUUAUAGAUACGGUCGUAUCGGAGAUUGCAGAUUACAGACACAAGGCGCGCUACAGAACCAAGCCUAACAAAUCGAUUGAAGCGCCUUGAGAGACAUUUUUUGACCCAAAAGUGUCUUAUCCCCUCCACUGGAGUUUCCAAAUCUGAGUGUGUAUACAAGAAGAGUUAUUGCAAAGAGUUAUACAACCGUGGUUCCUUACGACUUACGCUUACGACUUAAGAUCGUGAAAUUAGAUGCUGAUAUAAGAGAUUUGGUUAAAAAACGAUUUGAUCAAUUUCGAUUUAUCACAUUGGAGUUGAAUUAAAAGUACUAUUUUAAAUAAAACUAUCAGCAAAAAUGUCUGCAUGGAGGCAAGCGGGAUUAAAUUAUAUUAAUUAUUCGCAAAUAGCUGCCAGACUUGUUAGACAAGCUUUAAAAACAGAGCUCCGAUCAGAUGCCCUAAAACGUGAUGAAAUAAACGUGAAAUUUACUCAAUGGAAAGAUGGUAAACCUAUUACUGAAAAACAAUGAUAAUAAACAAAUAAACAUGCGUAAAUGUACAAUCAUGUUGAAUAAAAUAUAACAGCAAGGAGAUUUAGAUAUGGAGAUUCCUUGUUCAAUAUUAAGUAAUUUACCACUAACAUACCUACUAUAUAAAUGUGUGAAAUGUGUGAAAUUUAUAUAAGUACAAGGUAUAAUCGAACGGUAUAAUCAUAGACAGUACAAUCCAAGAAGGCUUGAUAUGAUAAAAUAGAAACAAAAUAUAUAACAAUCACUUUUCAUACAAGAUUUUAAUUCUGAGUAAAUUAAUGUCGAAAAUU